AUGCCCCAAUUUAGUGACAACUAUUAUCAGCGCAAAUGUUUCUUCGAACGAGACCAAGUGCCAACGCAGAGCGUGAUGAAGAAUAAAAUGACACCUCCUCUGGCUGCAGUAUAUUUUAAAUCCAUGACACCAAAACUUAAAGUUCUAGCUGGUCUUGAACCACCCAUGAAGGGAGGCGGGACUGACUGGUAUGUGCCACCUCGAGACAUCCUACAAGGAAAAGCUGUUUUAAAGCCAGAGAAAAAAGAACAUCUUGCAAAACUGGGAUUUAUUGGUAUCGACUUUUUUGGAGACCGGUUAGUCGAACAACAUUACAAAAACAUGGAUGAGGAAGAAAAACAAGUACUCGAAGAAAAUGACGCAAAUUGGAAAAGAAAAGUGGAAAUAAGUUCACGACAACAAUGGGAUGAGACAUCCAAAGACGCCGCAAACAACAAUACAACCAAAAUACGAAACGCAUUUGAAGAAUUUAGGAUAAUAUAUACUAGCUCAAUAAAUAACGUUGAAGCUUUGCUAUUUGACGCAGCUAUUAAAGAAAUAGAGACAGUUAGUGAUGCAGCACACAAAAAGAUGGAGGCGAAAUUUAAAAAGUUCGUUAAGCAACAAGCAACGACAUUAUAUGAUUUAUAUGCAAAUAUUUUAGAUAAAGAAAAAACAAGACUGAAAAAUAUUUUUUUGGAAAACAUAGAAAAAUCUCGUACCAAUACAACAAAUCAUUUACAUAAUAUAAAUUUAGACAAACACGUAGCAGUAGAAAAGUUACGUCUUUUUGUUGAAUGUCAGAAUUUAGCAUGCCAAGCUUAUGUCGCUCUGAAGGAAAGAGAGGAAUGUAGAUUAGAUAUGGAAAAAUCUGAGAAUAUACACCAGAAAAAAAUAAGAAAGUUAAAAGAAGAAAUUGCUUUGAAAGAAUUCGAAAUUCAACUUUCCAAAGAAAAGGAAAAGAAAAGGCAAGAGUUUAUUAAAGUUUGGAAGAAAAAGGUAUGCCACGUUGUCAAAAAAUUUCAAGAGUUCGUUGGUUAUUGCUUAAAAUUAUUACCGAACCAUGCUGAUUUCUUUAUUAAUAUGGAGAAACUGAUGUUAUUACAUCUUAGCGACGCCAUGGAAAAUCCUAGCUCUGAAAGUAUUUUCAGCCCGGAGCCAGAAUCGGAUAAGGAUCCAGUGGCGAGACCGCAUCCAUUUUAUGUAUUUUGUGAUAAGGGUUUUAAGCCUAAGAUAGAUCAGAAUCUCUGUCCGAAGCAUUGUACAUCCAGUGCGUCGCAUUUCCCGGUAGUUAUAGUAAAUAACAAAUUGAUUUACACUAAAUGCGACAACUUUGAUACGUUCCCGGAACAAAUUAAGAUGUUUAUUGAUGGAAAUCGAGGGCAGGACAGCGAUGUACUUGAUGACCAUGAUUAUACAUACGAUAUACCCGUGAAAAGUACAUCCUCCCAGCAGAUUCUUGAAUUAAAGCUGGAGAGCUCUAUAAUGCAGAUAUUACAAAAAGAAAUACCAAAUAUAAGGAAGGUUCCCACCAAGUGUUGCUAUUGUAAAAUUCCGUACUGCUUCUGUAGUCCUUUGCACGCUUCAGAAAUUGUAAUCCAAAAACCAAUUCAACCGGACAAACCCAGUGUAGUAGCAGAAAUAUCGUCAGGUGAAAAAAUCACUACUCGCAAAAUAGAAUUGGAACAUCAACGUGAGCCUAAAUGGGACAGUUAUAUGAAAUACGUCGAACCACAAAAGUGCAAAUGCGGUAAAAGAGCUAAAAAACAUCUGGAAGAACAUUUACCGGCAUACAUGAGAAAACUGUCAGCAUUUGAAGAGGUGGAUUUGCCCAACUAUGAAACAUGUCCUCUCGAUACAUUAAAGAUUUUAGUAAAACAAGCAAGAGGAAAGAAAACUCCUCCUCCUACUCCUGAGAAGGUGGAGUCUAAGACAAAGAAUGUUUGUACGCAAUAUUCUGAUUUAGAAUUUGAAGAGCUGUGUACCUGUUUCUCAGAUGAAGGAAUAGAAAAAUUAUUCCAGAAGUUAAUAGUUGAAUCCAGGCUAUUCGAUAAAGCCGCUGAACCAAAGUUCAAGAUCGUGGAUGGCUCUAUAGCUGGAUCAGAUUUAGAUAAAGAACCCAGUUCCUUCGCCGAAAACAGAGCAUAUUCAUUACGCAAUUUGAUUCACGAAUCACCGGUUUUAGAGGAGUUAUUUAAGAAGGAGGACUGUAUAUUUUAG